AGGGUUUGUGGGAAAGGAGGCGCAGUGAGGCAGGCAAAGGGCAGCCUGCGAAGGGCGGGCGGAGCGGCCUUCCCGAAGCCUAGAGGGCGCCCGGGGUGGGGGGUCGUGGUAGAGCCGUCUGCCAGCGGCGAGCUGCUCGCCUGAGUGUGCGUGUAAGCGCGCUGGCGUGGCGAGUGGCAGCAAGAAGCCGCCGAGCUACGUUAAUCUCGCCUCUAGAUUUAUUUACUUCGUGCGCUCCCUCCUUCCUUUCUCUUCCUGUUCGGCGCUUUCCUCUUCCUUGGUCAGGUCCACUCCCUCCCUCAGCAGAUAAGGGUGACUGCUCUGCCCCUUCGUCCGCGUCUGGCUUGAGCAUUCCCUUUCCCCUCGCGGCUGCCUUCCCAACCCGUGCCCAGACCGAGGAGGACAAUGGUUGGAUGAAGGCAAAGCAGAGGGGGAAAGCAGAUACUUCAAGGCGCCCUUCCCUUGCUUCCCCCUCCCUUUGCAGCGGGACCCCUCGCUUUGCCCGCCUGCUUCUUCCCUUUCUCCGCUCGUCUGGAUGAGGUGUGUGGUCGGGCGGGAGUAGGAGCCACGGCAAGAGGGGGGUGGAGAGGGGGAGGAGGAGGAGGAGGGGGAGGAAGAAGAAAAGGGUGCGCCGCUGGAGAGACCAUGAGGAAAUUUAACAUCAGAAAGGUGUUGGACGGCCUGGCGGGCUCGUCGUCCUCCUCUUCGGCUUCCUCCUCCUCGCAGCAGCAGCAGUCUGCAACCCGGGAGAACGACAUCCAGGAGACCCUCCAGUCCGAGCACUUCCAGCUCUGCAAGACUGUACGCCAUGGUUUCCCCUAUCAACCUUCAGCCUUGGCUUUUGAUCCUGUUCAGAAGAUACUUGCCAUUGGGACUCAAACUGGCGCUUUAAGGCUGUUUGGUCGGCCUGGAGUUGAAUGCUACUGCCAACAUGAUAGUGGUGCUGCAGUAAUCCAGCUUCAGUUUUUGAUCAAUGAGGGUGCCCUUGUGAGUGCCUUGGCUGAUGAUACGUUACACUUAUGGAACUUGCGUCAGAAGAGACCAGCUAUAUUGCAUUCCCUGAAAUUUAACAGAGAAAGGAUAACUUUUUGCCAUCUGCCUUUCCAGAGUAAAUGGCUGUAUGUGGGCACCGAAAGAGGAAAUAUACACAUUGUCAAUGUGGAGUCCUUCACUCUCUCAGGCUAUGUCAUCAUGUGGAAUAAAGCCAUUGAACUGUCAUCCAAAUCUCAUCCUGGACCUGUUGUCCAUAUUAGUGACAAUCCAAUGGAUGAAGGCAAGCUGUUGAUUGGUUUUGAAUCAGGAACAGUGGCAUUAUGGGAUCUCAAAUCCAAGAAGGCGGAAUACAGAUACACACAUGAUGAGGCAAUCCAUUCUGUAGCUUGGCAUCAUGAAGGAAAGCAAUUUAUUUGUAGCCAUUCAGAUGGUACCUUGACUAUAUGGAAUGUAAGGAAUCCUACUAAGCCAUUGCAGACAAUCACUCCCCAUGGAAAGCAGGUUAAAGAUGGAAAGAAGCCAGAACCCUGUAAACCUAUUCUUAAAGUGGAAUACAAAACUACCAGAGUUGGGGAGCCUUUUAUCAUCUUGUCAGGUGGCUUAUCAUAUGACACUGUUGGAAGAAGACCUUGUUUAACUGUUAUGCAUGGAAAAAGCACUGCUGUUCUAGAAAUGGAUUAUUCAAUAGUAGAUUUUCUAACCCUAUGUGAAACUCCAUACCCUAAUGAUUUCCAAGAGCCAUAUGCUGUGGUGGUUCUCCUAGAAAAAGAUUUAGUAGUUAUUGACCUUGCACAAAAUGGGUAUCCUAUAUUUGAGAAUCCAUAUCCCUUGAGUAUACAUGAAUCUCCAGUCACUUGUUGUGAAUAUUUUGCUGAUUGUCCUGUGGACCUUAUUCCAGCACUUUAUUCAGUGGGUGCACGACAGAAGCGUCAAGGCUAUAGUAAAAAGGAGUGGCCUAUCAAUGGUGGAAAUUGGGGUUUGGUCACACAGAGUUAUCCAGAGAUUAUCAUUACUGGGCAUGCAGAUGGAUCAGUCAAGUUUUGGGAUGCCUCUGCAAUAACUUUGCAAGUACUAUACAAAUUAAAAACAGCUAAAGUGUUUGAAAAAUCUCGAAAUAAAGAAGAUAGGCCAAGCACUGACAUAGUAGAUGAAGAUCCAUAUGCCAUUCAGAUCAUCUCAUGGUGUCCAGAAAGCAGGAUGCUGUGCAUAGCAGGAGUUUCUGCACAUGUCAUUGUUUACAGAUUCAGCAAACAAGAAAUAACAACAGAAGUUAUUCCGAUGCUUGAAAUACGGCUGUUGUAUGAAAUAAAUUAUAUAGAAUCUCCUGAUCCUGAACAAAUGCCACCAUUGCCUACUCCAGGCACAGGUUCUAAUCCUCAAUCCAUCAUUCCCCAGUCUCAUCCAUCCACUAGCAGUAGUUCAUCUGAUGGGCUUCGUGAUAAUGUCCCAUGUUUAAAAGUUAAAAACUCCCCCCUUAAACAGUCUCCGGGAUACCAGAUUGAGCUAGUUAUCCAGUUAGUAUGGGUGAGUGGUGAACCUCCUCAGCAAAUAACAAGUCUUGCAAUCAAUUCUGCCUAUGGAUUAGUAGUUUUUGGUAAUUGUAAUGGUAUUGCAAUGGUUGACUACAUUCAGAAGACUAUGCUUUUAAACCUUGGCACUAUUGAAUUGUAUGGCUCUAAUGAUCCUUAUCGGAGGGAACCUCGAUCUCCACGUAAAAGUAGACAACCAUCUGGAGCAGGUCUUUGUGAUAUCAAUGAAAGUACUACAGUACAAGAAGAUCGUUGCAAGUCACCCACUUCAGGUUCUGGUUCUCCCAACAAUUCUGAUGAUGAACAAAAAAUGAAUAAUUUUAUAGAAAAGGUGAAAACCAAAAGCAGAAAGUUUUCCAAGAUGAUAGCCAGUGAUAUAGCAAAGAUGUCUAGAAAAUUAAGCUUACCAACUGAACUGAAACCUGAGUUAGAUGUUAGAGACAAUUCCUUCAGCCGAUCCAGAAGCUCUAGCGUAACCAGCAUUGAUAAGGAAUCCCGAGAAGCAAUUUCAGCUCUUCACUUUUGUGAGACUUUCACUCGAAAAGCCGAUACAGCACCUUCACCAUGCCUAUGGGUUGGGACUACUUUGGGCACAGUUUUAGUCAUUGCACUGAAUUUACCUCCAGGAGGAGAACAAAGACUGCUUCAACCAGUAAUUGUGUCCCCCAGUGGAACUAUUCUGAGGCUUAAAGGAGCAGUCUUAAGAAUGGCUUUUCUGGACACAACAGGAUCAUUAGUUCCACCAGCAUAUGAAUCCUGGAGAGAACACAAUGUUCCUGAAGACAAGGAUGAAAAGGAUAAAUUGAAAAAACGUCGGCCAGUCUCAGUAUCUCCAUCCUCUUCUCAGGAAAUGAGUGAAAACCAAUAUGCAGUGAUAUGCUCUGAAAAGCAAGCAAAAGUUAUUUCACUGCCCUCACAGAACUGUACUUAUAAGCAAAAUAUAACAGAGACUUCAUUUGUCCUUCGUGGAGAUAUAGUGGCACUCAGUAACAGUAUCUGUCUUGCUUGUUUCUGUGCCAAUGGACAUAUAAUGACCUUUAGUUUGCCAAGUUUAAGGCCGCUAUUGGACGUAUAUUACUUACCACUUACCAACAUGAGGAUAGCCAGAACAUUUUGCUUCACCAACAAUGGGCAGGCACUAUAUCUUGUCUCACCUACAGAAAUCCAGAGAAUUACUUAUAGCCAAGAAACAUGUGAAAAUUUGCAGGAAAUGUUGGGUGAGCUCUUCACACCUGUAGAAACUCCAGAAGCACCAAACAGAGGGUUCUUCAAAGGUCUGUUUGGAGGUGGUGCACAAUCCCUUGACAGGGAAGAACUCUUUGGCGAAUCUGCUGCUGGAAAGGCAUCAAGGAGCCUCGCCCAGCAUAUACCAGGUCCUGGUGGUAUUGAAGGAGUCAAAGGAGCAGCAUCAGGAAUAGUUUGUGAGUUAGCACGAGCCAGAAUAGCACUGGAUGAAAGAGGACAGAAAUUGGGAGAGCUGGAAGAACGAACAGCAGCCAUGUUAGCUAGUGCUGAUUCUUUUUCAAAGCAUGCACAUGAGAUGAUGUUGAAAUGCAAGGAUAAAAAGUGGUACCAGUUCUGACAACACAUUCUCAAAUGCAUCUCUAUAACUUUACCUUGAAGAAAAAUCUCCUUUUCAUUAACUUCUGCAGGACCAGCAAAGCUGGAAGGGUGUCAGCCAAUGGGUACAGAUAUUUCCUAGCACAAAUUAUGCACUGUUUUACCUCAGUCAUACAGCUUUAACUGAGGAUCGUUGUAUUUAAAACUGACACCCACACCAUGAGGGUGUUUGCGCACUCGCGUGUGUAUGUGUGUUAUCUGUGGGCUGACUGGGAGCUUGAGAACAGAAUUGAUGGCAAAGAGAACACAUGGACAAAAGUAGAAAAUUUGGUAUCAAAAGAGCAGGGGCAAUGCAGGAUCUAUCCUGUGUUAAUAUUUCAUAUGCCAAAAGUUUUGUGCUAUUGUUGUUGCUGCCAGUGUUUCAUCCUCCUCCAGGAGGCUGCAAUAAAUCAGGGGUCCAAGAGCUAGAAUAAAGUUCAUUCUAUGGGACUAGUAGUAACUGAUCUACACCUUUCCUCCUUAAAAGCACAUCCAUAAAGCUAUCUGGAGAUGACUUAUUCUGCUACCAUCUCUGAUCUGAUAAACUGGAAAUAACAUGAGCUCUAUCUUGAAUCUACACAUAGUUAAUAUAGUCUCUUCUUGGACCCCUGAUCUAAUAGUAUUGUCUUUGCAACUUUAUAUUGUUGCUGCAUUGGGACUUCAUGAUAAACCAUGGCAUGCUUUUGCUUCAGUUUUUGUUCAACUAUAGCUUUGUUUGCACUCAACAAGAUUACUUUUUAAUCUGUGGUUUACUAGUCUGAAACAAGCCAUCUUCAUAACUCAGUUUGAAGUUAGCCUGUUUCAAUGAACUCUAGGUAAGACUGACCACAGAUUGACCAUACAGCAUUAAAUUGCUGUUAAUCAAACAUGAAACCUUCCAAUUUCAUAUGGCCAUACCAGAGAAGCAGAAGAAAGGAACAUGUAAGCUCAAGGCUUGCUGUAGCUCAUUUGUCCAUGUUUUUUGUGAUGUCCAAAUGCAGCCAGCAUCAAGUACAAAAUAAGAUGAUAAGUUCUUUUGCAUCAUAAAAACACAAGUGAUUGACCUGCACAUCAUGCUAGAAGUUUUCAUUUGUGUUACAGCUGUCUAAUGUGAAAAGUAAAAAUAUCUCUUGCAAUGAUACAUAUUUGUCAUCUUUCAGCCAUAUAUAUAUAUAUAUAUAUAUGUAUAUGUAUAUGUAUAUGUAUAUGUAUAUAUAAUUUUCCUGCCAAUAUAGCUGGAUCAAUUUAUAAUUUUUUUACAUGGUUACAAAUUUAAUUCAUGCUGUACAACUUAUUUUGUGUGUUUAACAGAAUGUAUUUGUGUAAGAAUUUAAAUAUCAGGUAUGUAGCUAGCUUACAUGCCCAAUCAGGUAAAAUUGUCAUGAGUUCGGUGUUGAACUCUGAGAUACAACUUUCACAAGUUAUCAAUUGCAUUGUACUAAAAUAUAUUCAGGAAAAAACAGAAUUUAAUUUAAAAAAUGGUUUCUAAGUCAAACCCAUCAGCAAAGAAGUUGGCUCCUUAAUCCUGAGUAUGCUUACUUGGAAACGUGUCUUUUAAUUUGAAAGGAAUUUUCUUCCAUGUAAGUGCCCUUUGAUUCACUGCAUAAAUUACACAAUAAAGUUAAAAGUCAGAGUGGAUUGUUUUCAAAGCACUCAAUAUUUUACCAUUUUAGGAACUGGUAGAUUCUUAUGUAGAUUUGUACGAGAGGAGGGAUUUAAGAUGUGCCAAACUGAAGCAGUAUAUUUUUAGGUAAUAAAGGCUGCGCCAAAGCCAUACUAUAAAAUAAAAUAAUUUAUUUUAAAAUAUUUAGAAAAAUACAUAAUUAAGAAAUAUUGUCAUGUUGGAAAUCAGAAAUAGUGACUAAUUUGUCAUCAUUUGCAAACAGCCUUAAUUAGUUUAGGCUUUAUUUAAGCAAGUGCCAGUAUAUGGCCAUUCAGAGGCUUGAGUUUUAUUUUUCUAAACACUUGCCCAAACUGUGCAAAUGUUGAAUGAAUUAUUUGAUUUGCAUGACUGAAGUUUAAGCCAAAAGAAAAUUUCCCGAUGUUGGUUAAGCAAUGGUUUGGCUUAAAAUAUUAUUUAGAUAUGCAUUUAUCUGUAAUAUGGUUCAGUCCAGGUUAAAAGUUACUGACUGGCAUUGUUUAAUGAAGUCUUUUAAAUAAAUUAGAACUACUUCUGAAAGAA